GGCGUAUGGCGUCCAGAUUCUGGUGGUGUCAUCCAAGUGGCCGUGAAAAUCCUCGAUUCACACGGUCUGAUUGAAAAUCCGUCGGAAUUUCUCAAUGAGAUCGCUGUGAUGCACCGAAUCAAUCAUCCCGAUAUUGUACAUCUGUAUGGUGUUUGUAUGGAACCGGAUUCGUGGAAAAUUGUUACUGAGCUUGCUCCGCUGCGUUCACUUUUGGAAUGUCUACGUGAGCCUGAGCUACGACCCAGUUUUCCCGUGACCACACUACAUCGAUUCGCUGUACAAAUUGCCCGUGGGAUGGGUUAUCUGGAAGAAAUUGGACUGGUACAUCGGGAUCUGGCCGCACGAAACAUAUUGGUAUUCAGUAAAGAGAUGUGUCGUGCUCAAUAUGCUGUACGUGUGAUCACGUGUCCUCAAUGCAUGAGUCAGCAGGAUGUGGACACAUCAUAG